AUGGGUCGCAGGGAGGAGGAGGCUGCGCGCUUGCGGGCCGAGGCGGAGGAGUUGGUCAAGGUUGCUCGUGCGGGUGCAGAGCAGCUUAAAAAAGAUAGGGCUGCUUUUGAAAAGCAGAAGCAAACCGAGGAGUGGGCUACGACUGCUGAGCUCAAACAGGCGGAGGCCCGGGCUGUAAAGGCGCUUGAAGAGGCCAAAGAGGCGGGGGCCCGUGCUGCAAAGGCUCUUGAAGAGGCCAAGGAGAGGGAGAGUCGUGCUUCGAAGGCUCUUGAAGAAGCGAAUGCUGAGCGCACCCGUUUGAAUCAGGCUGAUGUGCAGACUCACGAGGCCAAGCUUGCAGAUAUUACUGCCCGCGUGACUGUAGCGGAAGAGCGGGCUAAUGAGGCUGUCGAGGCCAGAGAUGCCCUGACCUCUUCGUUUAAUCAGCUUGAGGCUGACCGUGAGUGGAUGCGGAGUCACGGUAUUGCACGUAUUGUUAAAGCUAUCAUGGACGCGCCUGAGACCGCAAUUGGUAUAGACUUGAUUAAGCAGCGUGCCCGUGAUGCUGGUUUUAAAGCUGGUUAUAACCGCUGUAUCGGCCAUAUAAACGUUUUAUAUCGAGGCGGUUACACUAAUGAACGGUCCGGGUUUCGUGAUGUGGACACCGAAGCGCUUCUUGAGGCGGCCGUUGCAUCAUUUUAUGACAUGUCUCUCUCUUCUGUUGAGAAGCUUGAUGAAUGCUUAGAUGCAGCGGACUAUGUAGACCGGUUGCGGAUGUUAUAUGCCGAUGCGGAAGAGGAAAAUACCGCUGGUGACGUCCAAGAUGGCGCGGAACUUUAUGUAAAUCCGUUGUGCACCACGUGGGUGCAUGAAUUUUUUGAAUAUAAAGUUUAA